UUAUUGAUUGUUUGUUAUGCAAUCAAGAUGGUGGAAGGAUUUGGCCCUCGCCGAGAGUCUAAGUUUUGUCCGAGACCGAUUGGUGGAAUGCUAUUAUUGGAUGCAUGCAGUGUUCAGUGAACCUCGCUAUUCUCGUGCACGAGUGAUGACUGCCAAAUUGACAGCCCUGGCUUCUAUCAUGGAUGAUAUUUAUGAUAACUAUAGCACACUAGAGGAGAGCCGACUCCUUACCGAUGCUAUCCAAAGGUGGGAAGCCCAGGCUGUUGAUCAGCUACCAGACUACAUGAAAGACUAUUAUCUCAAGCUGAUCAAUAACUUGGAAGAAAUGAAAGAUGAGCUAGCACCAGAGGAGAAGUAUCGCAUGCUAUAUCUAAAGGAAGAAAUUAAAACCUUGGCCAGAUUUUAUUUUGAGGAAUCCAAAUGGGGUGUGGAAGGAUAUGUGCCAACAGUAGAAGAACAUUUACAUAUAUCAAUGAUGACAACUACAUUAUCCAUGCUUGCUUGUGCCUCUUUUGCGGCCAUGGGAGAAGUGGCAACAAAAGAGGCAUUUGAAUGGGUUACAAGUUAUCCUACGAUCCUCAAAGCUUCCUCAAUAAUUUGUCGCGUCUUGGAUGAUAUAAAUUCACAUGAGCUGGAACAAGAAAGAGGACACACUGCUUCCACAGUAGAAUGCUGCAUGAAACAAUACGGCACUGAUGCAAAUGAGGCAUGCAAGAAGCUGCAGAUGUUGGUUCAAGAUGCAUGGAAGGAUAUGAACAAAGAAUGUCUGAAUCCAACUGCAGUCCCCAUGCCAUUACUCGAAAGAUUAGUUAACUUGCCACGAGCCAUGGAAGACUCACACAAGAAUAUCGACUCAUACACCCAUUCCAACACUACCAUGAAAGAUCGUAUCACUCUGUUGCUUGUCCAACCCGUUCCUGUUUGAUUGAAGUCGGACGCUCCUACGACCGCUAUCCAUACCAGGAUUUGCUGCAGGAGUGGGUUACUGCUCGACGUCAUUAUGCUUAAUUACUUGUAGACGAAAUAAAGGUCUCUAUAUCAGUGUUAUUUUAGAGGCUCUGAGUGGCUAUAGCAAGCAAAGCUUAAUGUAAGAUCUUGUAAACCAUAUUGCAGUGCAUGAAAAUUGGAAGAAUUUCUCCUUUGCUAAA